AUGGUGAAAGACGACUCAAUCCACACAACAAUGUCCACAUUGUACUGCUUCACCAUCACGAUUUCUCUUCUCCUUAUCUCAACCACAUAUGGAUACGCUGCACCAGCAAAGCAAACGCAGCAGUACGUAAAACUCGCCUACGACUUCUUGGCUCCUCAAAAUGCUGCUCGGGCUGCCGUCCGAAUGACGCCUUUGGUUUGGGAUGCAAAGCUUGCUAGGUAUGCACAGUCAUAUGGAAACCAGAGACGGUACGACUGCGCUUUGAGGCACUCGAACGGGCCUUACGGCGAGAAUAUUUUCUGGGGUAGUGGCAAUGGGUGGACGCCAGCUCAGGCGGUCAAGGCUUGGGUUUCUGAGCGGAGAUGGUACGGUUACUGGUCUAAUUCUUGUGCGACAGGGCAGGAAUGCGGGCAUUAACAGAUUGUGUGGAAGGGUACAAAAAGAGUUGGUUGUGCUAGAGUUGAUUGUUUUGGUGGGAGGGGUGUGUUCAUGAUUUGUAGCUACGAUCCUCCUGGGAACUAUAUUGGGGAACGGCCUUACUGAAUGUUGAAAUUGCAUGCUAGGUAUGUUUAUGCAUUCUACUUAAUUUGUGGAGUUUGUUUC